CUCUUCAUCAACCUCGAAAUGAAGACUUCUACUGUCAAGGUCGCGCUCUUUGCGCUGGCUGGUCUGGUGUCGGCCGCUCCCCAGGGCGGCGUGCUCGGUGCCCUGCUUGGAGCGGGUGGUGCCAAGCCCAUUCCUCCUUCGGACGAUCCUUUCUACACUCCACCAGCUGGCUUCGAGUCUGCGGCUCCUGGAACGAUAUUGAGAAGCCGAAAAGUGCCCAGCGCCCUUUCUCUGUUCCAGGCCAUCCCUAUCCAGCUCCAGGGCGCAUGGCAGACACUCUACAGGACUACCGACUCUCUCGGUAACCCGAUCGCCACUGUAAACACCAUUAUGGUGCCGAAGAACGCCGACUACACCAAGGUGGUCUCGUACCAAGUCGCCGAGGACUCUGGCGGUGAGAUCAACUGUGCGCCAUCUUACACGCUCCAGACUGGGUCCAACACCACCUACGCAGGAACCGGAGGUAUCGAAGCCGCCUUGAUCGCUGCCGCUCUCAACAACGGAUGGGUCGUCACCUCGCCCGACUGGGAGGGACCUUUGUCCACCUUCGUCGCCGGCAAGCAGGCAGGCUACGCGACUCUUGACGGCGUUCGCUCGACUCUCGCAUCCGGGAAGAUCACUGGUGUGUCUUCCAAGGCAAAGGUCCAGAUGUGGGGAUACAGCGGUGGUGCUCUCGCCUCCGAGUGGGCUGCCGAGCUUCAGGAUUCUGGCUAUGCUACCGAGAUUCCGUUCGUUGGAAUGGCCAUCGGGGGCUUGACUCCCGACGUCAAGAACGUGUUCAGCAGAAUCAACAACGGUCCUUUCGCUGGUCUAUCCGCCGCGGGUUUCUUGGGUCUCGGCAACGCAUACCCCGAUUUCGGCCAAUUUGUCCAGGACAGCUUGGUCCCGGAGAAGAAGGACAAGUUCAACGAGGCUGGUGCACAAUGCUUCUACGCCGAUGUUGUGGACUAUGCUGGCCAGGACAUCUUCACCUACUUCAAGCAGGGCACCGAAAUUUUCAACGACCCACUCGCCAUUAGCACCAUCCGCAAGGGAGCCACCAUGGGUCUCACCGGCACCCCAAGAAUGCCAAUUUUCGCCUACAAGUCCAUCAACGACGAGAUCUCCCCCAUCGCCGACACCGACGCACUUCUGAAGCAGUUCUGUGACGCCGGCGUUUCCGUCGAAUACGUCCGCGAGCAGCUCGGCGAGCACUUCACCCUGGCUACCUCCAGCGUGGGCGACGAGCUCAAAUUCUUGAAGGAUCGCUUUGCCGGGAAGCCCGUGAGUGGUUGCACGACUCGCGACUCCUUCAACACCAUCCUCGACCCAGGCAACCUGGAAAACUACGGCCCAGCCAUUGUUGGCGUGCUUCUCAACGCCGCCGGUGCUCCUGCUGGACCCCUUGGUGCUCCUCUUUAGAGGUAUUGAAAGAUUGGGGGGAAAAUUGAGCAUUCGCUCGACUAGUCCAUUCAUCGCUCGAAUGUGAUGAUGGUCAAGAUUCUACGACGGACUAUUGAAUGCGCUCAUGAGGUCGUACGGGUUACGCCGAGAGUUGCGCGGAGAUUUGUGUACAGACAUGGGAACUACAGGACAGCAU